AUGGCCUCGGCUGCCAGGACUGCCUCCCGGGCCUUCUCCCGAUCUACCCCUGCCACCUCCUCUCUCAGACCGGCUGCUCGCAGCUCCCGCUUCGCUCUUCAGACUCAAACACUCCGUUUCGCUCCUCGUCGCGGAUAUGCUUCUGAGGCGGAACCGAAGAAGUCGUCCAAUUCCUGGCUGUGGAUAGCUGGUAUCGCCGCCGUCGGCGGGUAUGGCGCCUACCUCUACCAGAAAGGUGACAGCCCAUUGGUAACCAAGACGUUCGUCCCCACCAAGGAGGACUACCAGAAGGUGUACGAUGAGGUUGCAAGAUUGCUGGUGGAGAAGGAUGACUAUGACGAUGGUAGCUAUGGACCGGUUCUUGUUCGUUUGGCAUGGCACUCCAGCGGUACCUAUGAUAAGGAGACGGGUACCGGUGGUAGCAACGGAGCUACCAUGAGGUUCGCGCCCGAAGCGGAACACGGUGCCAACGCCGGGCUCAAGGUCGCAAGAGACUUCCUGGAACCUGUCAAGGCGAAAUUCCCCUGGAUUUCUUACGGUGAUCUCUGGACCCUUGCUGGUGCUUGCGCCAUCCAGGAAGCUGGCGGUCCUGCCAUCCCUUGGAGGCCUGGUCGUCAGGACCAGGAUGUCUCCGCCUGCACUCCUGACGGACGCCUCCCUGAUGCUGCCAAGGACCAGAGGCACGUUCGUGACAUCUUCUACCGCAUGGGCUUUAGUGACCAAGAGAUUGUUGCCCUGCUUGGUGCACACGCUCUUGGACGUGCACACCCCGACCGCUCUGGUUUCGAUGGCCCCUGGGAUUUCAGCCCAACUGUCUUUACCAACGAGUUCUUCAAGCUCCUGUUGGGCGAGAAGUGGGUUCACAGGAAGUGGAGCGGUCCUGACCAAUUUACCGACAACUCGAGCAAGUCUCUGAUGAUGCUUCCGACCGACAUGUCCCUGAUCAAGGAUAAGGAGUUCAAGAAGUACGUCGAGCUCUAUGCCAAAGACAACGACACCUUCUUCAAGGACUUCUCCGACGCCUUCGUCAAGCUCCUCGAGCUUGGUGUCCCCUUUACCAACAAGCCUGAAGACCGAUUCGUCUUCAAGACUUCCGAGUAG